AUGAGCCGGGGGAGGUGGCUCCGAGCCCCGCGGCGGCCGCAGACCGCUAUAAAAGCCUCCGAGGCCCGGGCGGGCAGGCUAGCGGCCGCGGACCGGCGGAGCAUGGAGGGCGGAGGGACGGGCUGCGGCCGCCCCCGCCCGUCCCCGGCGGCGCUGCCUCCGCAGGGGCACUCGCCCCUCUCCCGAUGCCCCCGCGGCGGAGCGCGGACCGGCGCUGCCCUGACGGCCCUUCCCGCGCUACGUAGGGCCGCGCCCUUCUGGAGGCCCUGGGUGCCCGAGGCGGGACGGCGAGGCUCUCCCUCUCCUCCUCAGCCUCACAGCCCCCGAGGGCUGGCGGAAGCCUCUCGGAAGCUGGCGCAGUACACGCACCCUGUCAGACUAUUUUGGCCCAAGUCAAGAUGCUAUGAUUACUUAUAUCAGGAAGCUGAAGCACUUCUGAAAAACUUUCCAGUUCAAGCUACAAUUUCCUUCUAUGAGGACUCGGAUAGUGAAGAUGAAGAAGAUGAACUGGAACAAGACUCAAGAACAGAAUCAGGUUGCUGAUUGCAGGAAAGGCCAAUGAAACUUCUAAGACUUAACUUAAAC